AUGGCAUGCGAGAUUAUUGCCGAGCCGUUGACGAUCACGGGAAGCGUGGGAGUAGUGACAGUCAAACCUAGCCUCGGGGAACUAUACCGAAAGAUUGGGUACACCAAGGAAAACAUAAGCGUUGGAAGCAAGUACGCGGAGCUACUCGUAGAUGAUAGACCGUUUACAGAGGAGGAAUCGGAGUACUACCGAGAUGGGGCGAUGCAGGCGUACAAAAAGUUUGUGAACAAGGCGGCGCAGAGCCGGGGCAAAACGUACGAGGAGAUGCACGCCGUGGCACAAGGGCGAGUGUGGACGGGCUUGCAGGCGAAGCAACAAGGUCUUGUAGACUACCUCGGGGGCAUUGGAAGGGGCGUGGAAAUCCUGAAGGAGAAGGCAAAACUAGGGGCGGACGAGUACGUUCGGCUCGAUGUGGUGCGCAACCCCGUAUCUCUCGCAGCUCGACUUGGACUGAAGCCAGCUUCCACUCAGGCAAGACAUGAGGCAAGUGUGAUGGCAUCGCUGCGCCAACCGCUGGCACUGGCAGAGGUUGACGCGUCGUUGGGCGGGUUGUCGCCGCUGACGCGGUUUGUUGUAGAUGCGACGCUAGCACCGUUGUCGCAAAAUUUUGGUUUUUGGACAAAUCGUAUGCCCGCGCUUGAGGGCGUGUCUUAA